UUUGCCGUAUUUCUUCUAUUAGAAUGCCAUGGCAUUCUAAUUUUCAAUCACCUUCAAAGGUGGAGAGGGUGGCGUUCUAUUUCAAGGUGGGGCGUUCUAUUAGAGAGUGGCAUUUAAAUAGAGGGUGGCAUUGUAUUUUUCAAUCACCUUCCAAUUGGCAUUCUAUUAAAAGGCAGCAUUCAAAUAAAGGAAAUACAAAAUCUCCGAACGAAAUCCCGUAAUACUCGUCAAUCUCUUGAAAACAGCUAGAUUUUUCUCUCUCUCCACAAAUUUAAAAUUCGAAAAAGCGCAAAAUCCUUCUGUUCUU